AUGGCCAUCAAUAGAAAGAAAUGGCCUGUACUGAUCUUAAAAGACACCAGCCUUGACCUCAUCUGGAUCAAAAUGCUGAAUCUGGAAGCAGAAUACAUGUGGUUGGAUAUCCUCUGUUUGAGACAGGAGGAUGAGCCAAGAGAUGAUCUGCAUGUGGAAGAGUGGAAGUUGGACAUGCCCAUGCUCAGAUGCAUGUAUAACAAGAUCCAAGCAAGACCAAAGGUGGUAAUCUAUCUGAGCAGGCUAGGGCACCCUCUGAGCUUGAAGGCAGGCAAUUUACAGUAUGAUCAGUAUUAG